AUGUUGAAUUUUAUCUAUGACGACAUUUGGGAGUACGUGGAUCAUGACGCUAAUGCUCAGAUAGGCGAUUUGGUAGAAUAUAAAACAUUUGUUGAGUACGGAGAGCAAUGGAUAGAAUCCAAAUGGAAUAAAGUUGUCCUUGUUCCAAGGGGACUUAUCAUGCCCAGGAAAAGUAAGCGGUCGUACACAGUUUUCAGAGACGAUUUCAACUCAUUUAACAGGGGUUCCUACACUGUAGAAGUCAGCUCCUGGGGAGGAGGGAACGGAGAAUUUCAGGUGUACACACCCGAGAAUGUUUAUGCAGCAAAUGGAUACCUUUAUCUUAAACCGACUUUAACUGUAGAUCAUCAUGCUUUUGAUGAGGGUAAACUUUACCAUGGGCGAAUGGACGUAAAUAGUCUCUGGCACACAUGUACAAACAGUGUUAACUGGGGCUGUGACAGAACAUCAUUUGGGCAGGAAAUUCUCCCGCCAAUUAUGUCAGGAAAAGUGACGUCACACGCUUCUAUCAGAUAUGGACGUGUCAACGUUCGAGCUCGUAUUUCCAAAGGAGACUGGACCUGGCCAGCAAUAUGGAUGUUGUCACGUGACAGACAUUACGGUACCUGGCCUCGAUCUGGCGAAAUCGACAUGAUGGAAUCAAGAGGAAAUCUAAGAGUGAUGGAGGGUGGAUCCAACCAUGGUGUUGGUUACGUUGCGUCCACAUUACACUGGGGACCUGACAGCGGACAUAAUGCCUAUUAUCUCACUCACAAAGGAAAGCACGGAGACUGGUUCGGAUGGCAUACUUACUCACUGGAUUGGAAUGAACGUCAUAUAGUAACAUAUGUUGACAAUCAAGAAAUCCUGCGUGUAGACACUCCAGCACAAGGAUUCUGGAACUGGGCACAUUUCUCAGGACACAACAUCUGGGGAAAUUCACAUAAUGCACCUUUUGAUCAACCUUUCCAUCUUCUCCUCAAUGUGGCAGUAGGAGGUGGGUACUUCCCGGACAUCGCCCAGUAUAACACACCCAAACCUUGGCAUGGAGAUUCCUCUCACCCUAUGAGGGACUUCUGGGAACACAGGGGUAGCUGGUUACCCACGUGGCACGGUGAUGACGUGGCUAUGUUGAUUGAUUAUGUAGAAAUGAUUCAGUACUAAGUAGGAAAUAUGAUUAUUCUUAUUUUUAGAUACAUGAAUUUUGCAUGCAGUGUCAGAUUAAACGCUUUAUUUGAA